CAUGAAAAAAAUACACACACAAAAUGCAUACAGCCUGAUGGUUCAGUGUUAACACUAUCGGAGUGUGGACAGUACAGUAGCCUGUCUGACCAUGUGAACCAGCAGUCUGGAUGGCCAGUUGAUCCUGCUAGUGGUUGAUCCUGCUAGUGGACAACUAGACUAUAGCAGGUCUACUGAAGAACCAGAGGACUGAGUUGGAAUAAUAACGUGGAGGAGAAAGACAUGGCAAACCUACUAUCUGGGAUACUCUUCUGUCUGUUGGUAGGACUCUCUCUCCAGGACAAUGAGAAGAAACCCAAGACAAAAAGAACGGUCCCAGAUGUGUUGAAACCAAAGACGUUCAAAGGCAGGGAAUACCAGUCCAACUGUACAGCUGAGACAGGGCCCCCCAGCCUGGUCCCUCUGUCCCCUGGGCUGGAUGUGAGGCUGGAGGACCCUGCAGCAGCCUACACCACAGGUCUCCUCAGCACCAGGCUCAUCCCCUCAGCCUAUCUCCUGGCCAUGGCAGUGGGCAUCCCCUCUAACGCUUUCAUCCUGGCCUUCCUGAGGCUCCGGGCCAGGUCCUACUCCAUGGCUGUCCUCUACCUGAGCCUGGCCCUCUCCGACCUGCUCCUCCUGCUCUCCCUGGCCCUCCGCAUCCACUACCACCUCAACGGAAACAACUGGGUGUUCGGCGAGGUGGCCUGUCGCAUCGUCACCGCCUGUUUCUACUGCAACGUCUACUGCUCUGCCCACACCAUCGCGUGCAUCAGCCUCAAGCGCUACCUGGCCGUGGUGAGGCCCUUCCUCUACAGUCGGCUGCCCAAGAAGACCUGGACGCUGGGGGCAAGCCUGGGCAUGUGGGGCCUGUUUGGAGCAGCUGUGGUACCAGAGCUCCUGGUGAGGCAGAGCUUCUUGCUGCCCCGUAUGGGCCUCAUCACCUGCCAUGACAUACUGCCCCUGGAGGAGGAUUCCCAUGCCCUGCUGGUGCCCUACAGGCUGACACUGGUCUGCUUAGGGUUCCUCGUGCCAUUUGUGACCUGUGCCUGGACCCAUGUGGCGGUGGUGUGGCACCUGGGUCGCUCAGGCCUCGACUGGACACCCUUCAUCAGGGUCAGUACACUGGUCUUCCUCAUCUUCACUGUGUGUUUCGCUCCCAGUGGCGUCCUCCAUAUUGCACACUAUGUGAGGCUGUCCACCAGUGGAGAGGACGGGAUGUAUGUUUACACCAGCGCUGCAGUGUGUCUGUGCUGUUUCCACAGCUGUCUGGACCCAUUCCUGUGUGUGCUCAUGUCCAGGACAACCGCCUCCAGACUACGCUUUGCUUCACUCAGAAGGACACCUCAGAGACUCGCUGUCCCGGUGUAGAGACUCUGUGUGUGUGUGUGUGUGUGUGUGUGAGUGAGAAAGAAGGCCGAUUUAAAGCAAUGCUAUUCGAGUGAUAGACUGUUUUAAAACUCUGCAGCAGCUGCAAAAAAAUAAUAAUUGACAAUUAAAAAACAAGGUGACCCUCAAAAGCCAGAUGGAGUUGGGUAAAUUAGACACGCAUUCGGUCUUUACUGUGGUAUAGGUUAUGCUGCAGCAAACGCAGGCCUACCUGUCACAAGAAAGAAAAAAAUAGUGACCGUAAUGAGAUGAUAGGUCUACAUGCAUUGUGUACUGCAC